AAACGAUGUAAGUUGUGAGAAUACACGAAUCAAACUCACGAUGAUAGAAAUGAAAACCCAAAACAUUUUAACAGUCAGUGCUUUAUCUUAGUUCCUUUGCAAAUUAUGUUAAUCGUUACUCAUGCAUAUCAAACGGGGAUUUAAGGAAUGAAUAAUAAAGUAGUCUGUGCUUAGUUUGUUGACAUAGGAAGAAAGUGUUUUAAAGAGGCACGCGAUAAUUUCACCGAAUGAAAAGGGUUAGAAGAUAAGACCCUUGCUCGAAGUUAUUACUCCGUCUGUUGCGAAAGUUGACACGAAAGUAUCCAUUAACGUUCUCUUUUUUGCAACAAAGAAGCAUCUUUUCGUCUAGUUUGUGGAAAAUCACAGGACUGCUGACAUGGGACAUGUUGUCUCCUGUUGACCUAAACAGAAUCAAUUUCCUAAGAGAAGGUUCCACUUCACUAAAGAGCUGUUAAUAAUAUCCAGAUGAUAACCCUACUCCUAGCUCAACGCCCCUGUUUGGUAAACUACCUGCAGCCAGGCAGAAACCCGAAGGAGCACUAUAGCGAGUUGCAGGUGAAAGCCAUUAUUCCGUGAACAAUAUACUGUAUUAUUAAUCCCUUUGAAAUAAACGUUUGGUCCGUAAACUAAGGUCGUCUAGUUUCAGGUGCGGUUGUGGCGAGCAAAGGCAUGGAUUAGCUAUAAUCUGUUCCGUCUGAAAACACAUGUUGCAGUCGCUUUGCUGGCCGGACCUUCGCACGUCAAAGGACCAAGGGUAUUAAAUAUUAAUCGCAGUGCAAUAAAAGAAGAUACAGUUAAAGAUGGAUGAACGUGAUACAGUCGUAUGUGAACAAACCGUGAACAAUGAGCAAACGAUCGAUGAGAAUUCUAAUUUCGUUCUAUAUACGAGACGCUGGGUUGUUUUGGCUGUGUUUUCUCUUGUAUCGAUGUCCAACGAAAGCAUAUGGAUCAGUCUAUCAUCAAUUACAAGUAUUGUUCGACUGUAUUAUAGGGUCGAUGCGAUUACUGUGAAUUGGCUUUCUAUGAUUUAUUUAGUGUUUUUGUUACUUGUAGCGUUAAGUUCUUAUUUUCUGAACAAAUACGGUUUGAGAAUGACUGUAAUCGUCGGAGCCCUACUUAAUGCACUUGGAAGUUGUUUUCGACUCGCUGGUUCUGGCCGCACUGGAUUUGCUUUUGUUUUCAUCGGCAGCACAUUCGCUGCCAUGGCGCAGUGUUUCUUGUUUUUUAUACCUCCACGGCUAGCUGCUGUCUGGUUCGGCGAACACGAAAGAGCAACUGCCUCUUCGGUAGGUAUGGUACUCACAUUUGCUGGUGUGGCACUUGGCUUUCUCACGGCCGCUUCAUUUGUCCCGUCGUCACACGAUUUCGACCAUGGAGUACGUGUUGGGAUGUGGAAUCUGCUUACGUUUCAGGCUGCCUUAUGUUGUUUUCUUGCAUUGGUUAGCUUUUUUACGAUAAAGGAUGCACCGCAAACCCCUCCAAGCAGGUCACAGCAGCUACUUAGAACUGAAUCGGGGUCCAUGGAGAAAAAUAGGAACAAUGGGGAUUCCUGUUCAACACUAAACGACGAGGAUCAAGCAUACAAUGACACUAUGCCGUUAAUCGACAAAAAGUCCAACGAUGAAAAUAUAUCUCAAGAAACAAAGUCACCAUCGCAACUUGGUUUCAAAGAGUCGAUUAUUACUCUUAUGAAAAGUAAACAUUUUCAUGCAAUCUGGCAUUCAUUUGGUAUUUAUUUUGGAGUAAUGAAUGCUUUCGAUACAGUUCUUAACUCAAUAAUUACUUCACGAUACCCUGGCAAAGAGACUGAAAUUGGGCAAAUGGGGUUCAUCUCUGUAUUAUGUGGAACAGUGGGGAUGCUGGUAUGUGGAAUCUUAAUAGACAGAACUAAAUGGUAUAAGCCAGUUGCGCUGGUUUGCUUUUCUGUCGGGGCAGUACUUAUGGUUCUACUCGCAAUAGCUUUGAAGUAUCAUCAUAGCUUCUACUGGCUGUCUGCGCUUGUAAUCCUAUUUGGUACUUGUUGCCAUACCUAUAUCAGUGGGGGCCUGGAAUACGCGGCUGAUACGACGUAUCCUGUACACGAAGGCACAUCAUCUGCAGUGUUAUUAUUUCUUGGUAGCCUGUACAGUAUAAGUUUGGUAUACGUCGUGGACGCUCUUGUUCAUGGUGGUAGCAGCUACCUUAGUGGAUUUGUUUUCGCUGUUCUGUAUGUUUUCGGGUUUAUUUUAACAUGCAGUGUGAGUCCUCCUUUAAAACGAACGCAAGCUGAUAGAGAUUUGAAUUUUUAAUGACGUUAAUGCUUCUAAGCAAAUUCCUGAAGUCCACCAUUAAGUGCGGAAUCAUUAUGUCAACCAAAGAGAUUCCAUUCACGUAACAGCGUCCACUUUUGAAAAAUUCUAGCAGCUCUGCGUUUAUUUAAAAUCUCCUAUCCAUUUAUCAAUUUAACAGAAAUUAUUAGAGAAUUAUUACAGAGGGAGAUAUUAGAGAACUGCUAUUGAACAUAACGUUAUUGACAGUGUCUGCUUUCUCGCUACGAAGAAAAGGAGGUUCAGUUAAGAUUUGCAACCUCGUUAAAGUAAGUCAGUAAUUUUUUGUUGGUGUUGAGCAACUGGCCAUUUGAUUUUGCAAAAAUUUUGAGUUUUGAGAGAAAAUUGUAUUAUGGGUAUUUAAUAUUUCGGGAACGUGUAAGGUGUUGCAGGGCCUAUUUUAGUGUGCAGUAUUACACACUUGUGCAGUAUUAAUCUAAAAACGUGCAGUAUUGAUUUCGAAAAUGUACAGUAUUGAAUUUUGGGAUUUGUGAAAAUGUCUAUUUGCGGCUAUCCCAGAUUCCUGCUUUGUUCAAAAAGUGCGAAUUUUCCUCGUCAGUUCAAUAUAGACUUCAUGUAUUGUAAUUCUCGUAUAACCAUCGGAAAGACUCUCUUAUCAAAACUUAAAACAAAGCGAAAUGCCCAGAACCAAAAACAAAACAUCUCCUGUAAAUGUCAGCAUUGCUGUAAAUUUCGUAAUUUGAUCUUGUCGAAGAUAAAACAUUCAGUAAUAAUUUAUUAGUUGCCCUAUCAUGCUCUGGGCAGCUAGCAGAAGCUCACUGAACUUAACAAAAAGAAAGAUAUAGAGCCUAAUAAAACUUGUUAGUUGUACUGUCCAGACAAAGCAUGAGAUAGUGACUCGGUUUACAAGAGAUAAAUGACUAUGUUUCUAUUCAGGUUUUGUAGCUUCUGUUUGUUUUGUUGCUGUUUUGAAAUGUUAUUAUUGCUUUUGUGUAUAUUAUCGUCUAUCUGUUUGUUAUUUCUCCGUCAUGGCCUAUAGACGUGUUCAAAAUUCGGGCAAUUUCCUCGCUACACUUGCAUGGCUAAGAUACCUGGGGUUUGCAGGGGUUUGCACUGAUUGCAACAACAAAAUUUCCUAUAAAAAAUAUGAUUAUAAAUGUGCAGUAUUGAAAAUUUCUUAAAAUGAGCCCUGAGGUGUUGAUCGUGCAAAAUAAAUUGCGUUACCACAAAAUAUAAAUGUUUGUUA